AGUUAUCUUUUCUGUCAUCACCUUCACAACAAACAAGAAGCGAAGUUGUGAGUUUCCGAUGGCACAACAAGUUCAAGUAUUCACUACAUGUUAUUGUCCACCACCUCAAUACGAAUACCUUCGCCGAAUCGGAAUUUCGAAGCAAUUAAAGUGUGCUACUAUUCCUUCACUAUCAGUUUCCGCCUCUUCUGUUCUUCGUAACGCGUCGUUUUGCUGCACCUCUUCUGUCCACUGCAAUUUACCUUCUUCACCCAAAAUCUUCGUCAAAGGGCUUCCUCUCUCAACCUCUGAAGGACGUCUGAUGAAGGUGUUUUCAGAGUUUGGUGACGUUACUCUAGUCCAGCUUCCAAUAGAUAGAGAGUCUGGGCAGUCUUUAGGAUUUGCAUAUAUUUGGUUUGUCAAGGAAGAGUCUGCCCAAUUGGCUGUGCAAGAGAUGAAUGGAAAGUUUUUUGAUGGCAGGUUUAUUUAUGUUACAAUUGCAAAGCCUGGAUCAUCAAAAAGUUCCAAGAGGACAACAGCCUACAAAUUUUAAUCAUAUGAACAGUUUCCAAUUGCAUCUUUUUCGUCCCCCCACCACCAAAAAAAAAGAAAAGGAAAAGCUAUUCUAGCAACUUUUUUUAAUUGUUAGUGUCCACAAACUUUUCCACUGUCUUGUUGAAUCUUGGUUGGCAUUAAAGGACCCUAUCAAUUCCUUGAUGGAAUGCUACACAUUCUAUUCCCUAGCCUCAGAAUCAAGAGACCCCUUGAUUUGCAAAGUAACUAAACUUAUCACAAAUAGUAUUAUGUGUGGGUUAUAUACAUAGUGAAG